CGUUUGAGUACAGUAGCAGGUCGAAACAUAAAUUAUUUUAUCAUCAUUUCUCCUACUACAAAUGACACUGGAACUCCAUCCUCAAAAUGCUGUAAGCUCAGCAUAUAGGCAUCUCUCCUGUGCAACCUGAAUUGGGUCAUGGUCAUUUUUGGCACAACAACAGCCUCGGCUGUACGAACUUUCACACCGUGACACCAGCGCCUCCGUAGGUGAACUCUACAGUUCUCUUUACAGCUGAAAAGCUAUCAGAUGCGGCUGUCCUUGUAAAGGUUUCCCAACAUCGCCACCAUCGAGAUAUCAGUAACCGGGCAGGCCGUGCUACAAAACUUUGUGUACAGAACGUGGGACUUGGAAAACAAAGAUAUUCGAUUGUAUCCCACAUCUAUAUCGCUACAUUCUCUUCCUGCGCUCAGUCAUCGCAAGCCCAAGCCCAACUCAGAUCAGUACGCUGCGACUUACCCGUCUGUUAUCUAAAAACUCGAUAUGGCAGGGAUGUACGAGGGCAUGCCACUCUUAGUGGAUGCAGGUCAUAUUCCUCCUUUACCUCGCAACGUUCCCCCUCCGAAUGGUGCCACAUACUUUCCCGACAGUCAGUCAUAUACCGAUGCAGCGGAUAACAUCCGUCCUUUGAGUUCGAGUCGAUCUGCUUACCAGGACCCAAGCUUCAAUAUCCCUCUUUUCCAGGCCACAAUCGCCAGGGUUCUUCUCAUUAUGCUC